CGUGAUGCGCGUCUGUGUGUUCGUCAUAGGGGCGUUAAUAUAACAUGUAGCUAAUUAAGAUGCAUUCGCGGUUUAGCUUGUGCUUAUUGCUUGUUGGUUAAGUCAAGUCUUUCAUAUACAUAGGCAUGUGUGCACAUGUGAUUCAGUGUUCCUGUUCUCGGCCGGUUUACGUUCUCCGUCCUCAUGCUCAUGCACUUGAUCGAUAGCCGGUUCAGCUCGUCCCUUCAGUAGUUCAGUGUUGAUCCUGAGCUUGAGCGGCUCAGUUGCCGAAGUCGCGCGUUCCCGUACUCUCGUGUUGGGUUGUAAUCUAUGUACUUCUAAGUGAUUUGUCGGAGCUUUCGGAGCAAGUCGAUAAAUGUUUGGCGUAUCGGACGAGAGCUUUCAAUCGCGCAUCGGUUGACGGAGGAAGUGUACAAAGUUGCUGCGGAGAAGAUAAGCGAAGUGUGAUCAGUGUAGGUUUCAAAACAUACGAACGUAUUGUGCUGAUUAGUCGUUGUGUGUGGCGUUGGGUUUUCGAAUUCCGAGAAAUGUUUUGAGAUUUUUUUUGUGCUUCGUUGUGAGGUAUGAUAAGAGCGAGCAAACUAAUCGCCUAGCCGUUGGCAGAAUACUUUUCGUUCCGUAGAUUACUUGCGCAGUGCAUGUUUGUAGACUACAUAUAGAGGGAGGCGAAGGUCUUCCACACUCGAUUGAACAGGUCGGGGAUCAAUUUCGUCAGUUUAGUGAAGAGGUUGAAGAAUCGAAUCGUGUUGACUUUCACCGUUUCAGUGACACCGUGCUGAUAACGUGGCGAUAAGAACCAAUAGGCGUGUGUGUGAAAGCGUGAAAAAAUAGGUGAUUCGUUAUUGAAGUCAUCAUCAACUGAGGAGCAGCCGUUCAACAGUCAUCAUGUCAACACUACUCAAUUUGGAUAGCUACCGGCAUGAGUUAUUCGAGCACCAUCAGCAUCACCAGCUCCAGCAGCUUUCGUCAUCGCCGACGUAUUCGGUGCUCUCGAUGGAAUCUGUAUCGCCCGUGUCGUCAUCAUCGGCAAGCCCCGCAGCCGACACUAGCAAAUACUACGCGAGCAACUCUCCGUCCAGUGUCAGUAAUAUGUCCCCCAAAUCAACAGCUAGUGAUACGAGCUCCUUCAACAUGCAGAAUCUGAACAUCUCCAACGCCUACCCGUACUUUGCCGAGACUCAUCAUCAGACGAUGACAACCGGCGAAGAGGGUCAACUGCAGACCUUUACCUAUAAUGAUCCAACCCAACCUCGAGUGGAGCUUUCGGUACCUCAGCUAACGAUCGUUGAGCAACCGGUGGACAAAUUCCGAUUUCGAUACCAAUCGGAGAUGCACGGAACCCAUGGGUCCCUGAUGGGGGUCCACACGGAGAAAAGCAAGAAAACUUUCCCCACCGUGCAACUGCAUGGGUUCCAGGGCGAGGCCAAGAUUCGGUGUUCGCUGUUCCAGGUGGACCCGAACCGGAGGGCUGCCCAUUCGCAUAAUCUGGUGAUCAAGAGUGGCGAGAUCGAUUUGAACGAUCCGCAUGACAUCGAUGUGAACGAAGAGUGCAACUAUGUGGCCAUGUUCCAGGGGAUGGGCAUCAUACACACGGCCAAGAAGAACAUCGCCGAGGAGUUGAGCAAGAAAAUGAAGAAGCAACGGUCGGUGGAGAUGAACCGGGAGCUGACCCUCAGGGAAGAGUACCAGUUGCAGAAGGAAGCGGCCGAAAUGGCCAAGACGAUGAAUCUGAAUCAGGUGUGCCUGUGCUUCCAGGCGUUCCAGGUGGAUGCCUCGACCGGUCGGUGGGCGCAGCUCUGCGAACCGGUUUAUUCCAAUCCGAUUAAUAAUAUGAAGAGUGCCCUUACGGGGGAAUUGAAGAUCUGCCGGCUCAGUGCUACCGUGGGAAACGUUGACGGCGGCGAAGAGGUGUUCAUGUUCGUUGAAAAAGUUUGCAAAAAUAACAUCAAGAUCCGGUUCUAUGAACUGGACGAAUACGAUCAGGAGAUCUGGCAGGACUGGGGUUCUUUCUCGGAAGCGGACGUCCACCAUCAGUAUGCCAUCGCAUUUAAAACACCUGCUUAUCACAACAAAGACAUCACCGAACCGGUGGAAGUGCUCAUGCAGCUCUACCGGCCACGAGACAAAUGCCAGAGCGAACCCGUCCCAUUCAAAUUCAAGCCCCGGUUCAACAUAUCUCGGAAGCGCCCGAGAGUCAGCUCCGGCUUACUUUCGAAUGAGAUUCCAACAGUGGUUCCCAACGAACCGGGAUCGAGCCGACUUCCGUCGUUCCAUCAUCCGUUUUCCAUGAUGCCCCCAAUGCAAGCGCCCAUCGCCGAGGCCAGUGGUAGCAGCAGUAGCCACACCAUCAGUAAAGAGUACAACAAAUCCGGCAUUAUCCAGGAGAUUUUGGACAGCCACAUUCCGACCACAAUUGCCGGCGAUAUAUCGUUCAGCUCGAACGACUUCAAAGAAUUCGUCAAUUGCAACUCGGAAGAAUUACGCAAGCUAAUAACGGAGAUCGGGGAAGCGCAGGAGGAGUCCAAGCUGGAGACGGAUGCGGUGUCGGUUGGUCACGUGGACGAGGCAGCGGCGCAGUUUGAGCGCACGCUAGAGCAGUACCUGGAGCACAACAGCCAAGCCAAGGACGUGGAGAUUCUGAAGAAGAUACUGGCCAUCAUACGGUUACUGUUCCGGAAGAACUACGACCAGUGCCGGGAACUUAUCUCGGCCCUCUGGAUGUCGGCCAACAAACUUAAAGCCAACUGUCUACACAUGGCGAUUGAACGACGCAACAUCACAAUUGCCUGCAAGCUCGUUGAACUCCUGCAGGACCACCACCUCCUGGACAUGCUUGAUCUGUUCAACGAACGCAACGAAACCGCCCUGCAUCUGGCUGUUUCGGCCAAUCUCGUUGAGGUCGUCGACGUACUGCUCCUGACCGGUUCCCGAAUCAGCUACUGUGACAGUCGGGGGAACUCCGCUCUGCAUCGGGCCGUCUAUGAGAACGCCUUGGACAGUUUGAACGUGCUGUUGGGUCAUUGCAAACGGAACGGGUUCCGGCUGGAUUCGACCAACGACGAUGGAUUUACGGCGCUGCAUUUGGCGGUGAUGUGUAAAAAUCUGAAGGCCACGAAGGUUCUCCUGGAUCGGGGCGCUUCGUACGUGCUGCGUGAUCUUAAGCACGGAAACAACAUUCUUCAUAUUGCCGUGGAGAGCGAUUCUUUGGACAUGGUCAACUUCAUUCUUGAGGGUGUAGACAAGACGUUAGCUGAUGAACCGAACAAUGCAGGUUACACGCCACUUCAGCUGGCUAACGCAAGGCACCUGGCAAACGCGAACAACAAACUGAUUGUCCGCGAAUUGCUUCGAUAUAAUCCAAGUGGAGUACUAGAAAAAGAACAUCUCACCGAAGAAGAAGACGACGAUCAAGAACAGGAAGAGAACCUUCCCCCGAACAGCGAUUCGCAGUCCGAAACCGUGCUCGAGUCGAUGAAUGUGAGCUGUAAUAGAGUAGAGGUGAUACGGUUACUGGAGGACUAUUCACCUCCGAAUGAUGAACCAAAGCUAACACCGCUGGAGAACGUUCCGUACAACAGCACCCUGGAAGAUGGCUCCGUAUAUCUGUUUGACGAAGUAUGCUUGUCCCAUCUGUGUGGUCUCUUGAACCGAAAGAACCUUUGGCGAGAGGUUGGGUCGCUUCUGGACUUCAACUCAUUCUUCAUGAUCUGGGAAACGUCGGUGAAUCCCGCAGGGAUGUUGCUGAACUACUUUGAGAUGCAAAAAGUGAAACUCGAGCACUUGAUCGAUGUGCUGCAAGCGUUGGACCAAAAAGAAGCCAUUCACUACAUCGACGAGAUGAUUUGUCGGCAGAUGAAGUGAUAACCGGGAGAACCGACCGAAAACGAAUCCCAGCACGCUCAAGUGCUACCCCUCCCCCCAUAUGUGAGAGAUUUGAUUCUCCAUUCCAGUGCUAGUGAUUGAAUAGAAGUUAAGAUUUUUAUAUACUAUUAUUUCAGAUUUUAUAAACUUACUUAAAGUAACUCCGGACGUACAAAUAUCCAAACGUUUAACGAAUAUAUUUUUAUUAAAAUUUA